AUGUUGACAGGGGACAAGCAAGGGCUGCCAGACUAUCGCUCCCCCCGCCCCACUCGCUCUCCAUCAACUCAGGGCUAUGGGCGCACCAGGAGCCAUGCUGAGGGAUCCACACCCCGCCGCCGCAGCUUGACACCAACAGGCAGCAUGAAGGACAGCUUGCCACCGCCACCACCCUCCCAGAGCAUGUUGGAUGCCCCUGCAGUCCAGCCAGACACCAGUGCAGUGAGCGAGCAAUCAGGUUACUGGGCGCUGGCUCCUGCCAGGGACCAAGCUGCCCACCGUUUAGGCGCCUAUGCCUUGAACAAGUAUGGAGCCCAGCGUGCAUUGCAGCGUAAUGGGGAGCUGGUGAGCCGGCAACUCAUGGUGGGCGUGCAGCUGCUGGACCCAAGAAUGCGCUCUGCUGCACUGGAGCUCACAGAUGGUGCCAGCAGCAGCAUUGGACCAGUCAGCCUUCCACGACCGCAGCCAAUGCGGCCCCACCGGAUAGAUGCAUCAGCUAGCCAGGGACCGCUGCCGCAGGCCGAGCGCUCCACAUUAGCCAAAGUCAGGGAGUUUGUGCUUGGUUUGUGA